AUGUCUGACAGUCUCGCACAGCUUCAACAGGACGCUAUCAAGUCCAUUGCGAGUGUAAGCUCUCUUCUGCGAAACGCCAUUGGUGCAUCACUUCCAGUUGCCCCGGAGCAAUAUUUGACUAUCGCAGUGCCAGGCACAGUGAUUGACCUCGAUGAUUAUGAAAACGGGGGCUCUUUUGUGUGGGAUGCUUCCAAACAUGCCACAACGCCUACUACAGUCAGGCAGGCCGAGGCCACUUUGGUGGAUGGCAUGAUGCCUGUUGCUUCAAUCAUGAUUGGAAACACAGGCAGGAGUGUUGCACGCAGCUAUACACGCUCACUUGACGCUCUGCUUCCCGUCAAGGCUACUAUCUCGGGAGCCGACGCCAUCAGAAGCCCUGGCAAUAAGGAAUAUGACGACGCUAUGAAAUUUCUCAAGUUAACUGAGCCAGGUUCUGCAAAGACUAUUGUCGAGAUAUAUCGCGACAAGCAGUUAGCGUGGGCAAAGGAACAGUCUUCGUGGGAUACCGCCAAGAUAAACGCUGAGGAACGAGCCCAAAAGUUGUUCCCGCCUGGGUCUAGCUCUGACUACAUCAGCAAGCAGAAAGAGUACAUAAACAACUGGAAUCAAGAGACUUACUUGAUGUUCAAAGCUAGCGUUCAAGCUGCUUGGAUGGACUGGGUCGUCAAUGGCCAAAAGUAUAAUGUGGACUACAGCUUUGGCAUGGUCGACAUCGAUUCAAUUAUGAGCCGCAUUGAAGACAGCAAGGAGUCCCUACGCAAUUCUACUAUUCCCGAUGCCACUGGCUCCAGCGAGGUCUAUGGAGUUAGUCUCACCCCCAGCAAGUGGGCUACGUACUGCAAGCGAAAAGCGGAAGGCUGGUACACACGUAACGGCACGUAUACCCUAGCUCAGUUGGAAAGUGAAAUAACCCGACUUGAGAGCCUCUUGAGGUCUUACGAGCUGGCGAAGUCGCUGGUAGAGGCUGGCAAGGAUGAUAAGACACAGUACCCUGUCGCAGGUGCUGAACCACCGUCGGAGACCGUUAAGGACACUGAAGCUAAGGUCAAUGAGGCGAUGAAAACCUUGUACGAGAAACAAGCGGCCGUGGCCGGAGUUGUCUAUAACCUUCAGCAAGGCAAACCGGGUGACAAGGAAAAGGCCCAGAAAGAAGUCCUUGAGGCUCAACGAGCCCUUCAGGCUGCUCAAGACAAGAAUGAAACUAACCAGCAAGCUUGGAACGAAUACAACAACAUGGUUCUUACCGACAGCACCAAGAAAGACGCCCUCAAGUGGUUCGACACAAAGGAAACUACAAUUAAUCAGGAGCUGGAUAGGCUCAAGUCGCUACGCGAAGCAAAGGCUGGUAACGACACAAACAACGCCACAAGUAUACCGGUGAUUGUGUCUGCAACAGCUCCAGCUCCAGCUCCAGAUGGGAAGGACAGUGGAGAGCCAGCGGGUACAACACUGGCUGCUCGAGGUUCGGAGAUGGCCAACCCAGUUUUCAAAUCUCCUUCGGACCAGCCUCCGACUGCACAAGAUGCAGACCCAUGGACAAACAUCACGUUUUCCUACUCUGCUUCCGAUGUAGCGAAACAUUCAAAAGAAUCAGAGUGGGGUAUGAAGAUCGGAGGCUCAGUUGGCUUUGGGCUAUGGUCGGUGGGCGGAUCAUAUGCCCAUGACGAGUCGCACAAGUCCAUGCAGGAGGAUAUGGCAGCUUGUGAUGUAAGCAUAUCCUUCUCUGCCCUCGUCGUCAACAUCAAUCGCCCUUGGCUUUUCGGUGAGCUCUUUAGUGAUGUCGAUAUCGAGGUCGCAAAAGGAGUCAAGCUGAGCCCAGGCCCAAUUCUACUCCAAAAGAUGAUCAAGGAGCAGAACGCCCCUGAUAUUGCCACAUGGAGCCAAUUUCCGGCCUACCCCACUUCUUUCAUUGUAGCCGCCGAUACAACUAUCGAAUUCACUGGCGCCACGAAACACAUAGAGGAGCAUUUCGAUUCUCACAGCAACUCAGGUGGUGCUUCAGUUGGUUAUGGGCCCUGGUCGGUUUCGAGUACCUUUCAUGAGUCUGCUAGUGAGCAAAGCAUGCAGGUUCAUUCUACGUCAACUGGCUGCAAGAUUAGCUUUGGGGCACCACAGAUUAUUGGAUGGGUGAGUCAGAUUGUACCAGCUCUGCCACGUGAUGAGCAUUAUGAGCCUCUUACCCAAGGUAAUAGUGUUGUAGUACCUAAAUAG